AUGACCAAGGCAGAGUUCUUUGAAGCCCUACAUGAUUCAGAUGAGAUCAAGAGAGCGUGGGCGAUCAUACACCAUGAUCAAUACAUUAGCCUCAGAGACUCCCGGGAUCCCCUUAAACGGAAGUAUUGGUGGUCUAAUGUCCGCGAGACUUUCAUGAGUACUCGAACGCCUUGCUAUGAAGCUCAGCAAAAACUUGAAGUUGAAUCAUAUCAGGAAUUGCUUGAUCCUGGGGUGUUAUGCUCGGUAUCACACGAAAAAGGCAACUAUUAUGUUUUAUGGAAACACUUUGAAUUGUCUCUGCUAUCUGCGUUCCCUAAAUGGAGUCUGCAUGCAGAGCCAGACAUAGAGAUUGACAAGAAAGCCUGGCUUCACGCAUUUCUCUUCUACGGGCCAUCACCUUUGUCGUAUGCUCAGAAGGCUCUGCCAGACGAUCCUUGUAAUCGACUGGUUUUCGCGGUAAAUAUCGGCGAUGCGGAUAAUCGAAGAGUCGUUAUCCUGGCUGGCAAAUCCCAAGGCAGGAAACCACGGUUUCCAAUGAAGCUUAAACGUGUGGUUGAUGUGAUGGAGGGAAUUUGGUGCUACAAAUCGAUGAUCUUACCACGUCGGCUUUGUAAGCUGAGCGAGAAGACAAAGGAUCAGUGGCAGUCGGGGUGGGUUGAAUCGCAGCCAUUCCCUGGGGGGAUCUAG